CUGCCUUUGUGCGGAUCUACACUUUCUCUCCUCGCCCUUGUCGAAGGGCUUGUACCACAGCCAGCCCAGUGGACCCUUUCCUCAUGGCCGGGAUUCGCGCGCACGCAGGCACCCCACGCAGACACGCAUGCGACCGACUCGCCGCCGCCGGCAAAGCGGAGCGACGUCACCUGUCGGCGGGUGGAGGGCGUGUGCCGGGGAAUACUUAAUCCGCAUUCACAGGUCUCAGUAGGCACUUGGCCAUCAUCCAUCCAACACCAACACAUUGUCUACCACCACACUUCUGCAUUCACGCCUUACCCACAUUCUUUUGCACACAUUAUGUCGUCCACAAACUCUGGAAGCACCACUGGCAACUCGGCCGGCGAGGGAGCAGGAAAUGCCAUCAAGGGCAUCUUCAACACCGCUCACGGCGCAGGCGAGACCAUCCGUGGCAACAUCAACUCCUUCCUCGACCAGGGAGGUGAGGCUCUCGCCGGUGGCUCCAGCGACGAGCAAGCUGCGCGCCAGUCCUCUACCACUGGUGGAUCUGGACAGACGACGCAGGACCACGACUCGGUAGCCCAGAAUGGUCUGCAGGAGAUCAAGAAUGGAUUGAACCAGCUGGGUGGGGGCAGUGGUAGCACUACGAGCUCGUCGACGAACAACACGACGGCAUCCUAGAGUGGAGGGGGAUUAAUUCGAAUAUUAUACCACUGUUAGAAGCCUAGGUGGCAAUGCAAUAUUGUGACGUCGCUUGGCUCAUUGAAUACUAUCCUUGUGCAUUGGAACAAGCGCCUGACCUGUAGUCUAGUCAAAUCCUCUAUACGAGGUUGAGUCAACGUCGUGUAUU